GAGGGGUAUAAGAAUCCGUAUGUCGCAAUUCAUACUACAACUAGGGUUUCUGCUGUCACUUCUUCGGCAGAAAUAUCUUCCGAUCUAUAGUUUUCACGAUCGAUCUUCACCGCCUAAUGAAGAAGCGAUCUAGAGAUUUCAAACCCAAACCUGAAACUCUCAUCCUCGACGCCGUUACUCCAGGUCCUGCCCUCAUCAAGCACUUAGCUUCCUGCAACGCCCCCGUCCGAUCCAAAGCGCUGAGGUUGCUCGAGGUAUGGCUGCUGAGUCAAUCUGAAAUAGCCGACGACGAUAUGAAAAAGUUCUGGAAGGGACUCUUCUAUUGCCUGUGGCAUUCCGAUAAGGCUCCUGCCCAAUCUCAUCUCAUCAACCGCGCAUCAUCACUCGUACUAAAUCUUGAUCUUUCUCUUGCCUUGAAUUAUUUCUCUGUUUUUCUCGUCUCUCUGAAACGUGAAUGGAUUGGGAUUGACCGCUUGAGGCUCGAUAAAUUUUACUUACUUGUUAGGAAAUUCAUUUACUCAAUUUUCUCUCUAUGCAAGAAACAUAGCUGGAAUGUGGAGCUUCUAACUAGAGUUGUCGAUAUUUUUAUCAAUAAUGCAUUUUUAGCAGAGGAUAAGUUGUUAGGUAAUGGAGUGUGUUAUCACAUCGUUUCGGUUUGGCUUGAUGAGUUGAGUGGUUGUUCUGUUCCUGUUGACAGUGAUGUUGUUGGGUAUAUCUUUAAGCCGUUGUUUGAAGUGAUUAAAAGGUCCGAGGAUAGGGUAUUGGUUGGAAAAGUGAAGAGCUGUGUAUUUGAUAAAUUGUUAAACUCGGGAAAGAGUUUACUGGAGAAGAAGAUGAAUGGAGCUGAAAGCAAUGAAAGCUAUGCAGAGGUGGCUCUUGGUUUGAUUUCAAUGAAGAUGGGCUUUUCGUCAAUGCUUUUUGAGAUUGGUUCAUCUUUGGAAUGUCAUCAGGGAAACAGGAAAAUUAUUUUCAAGUUACAUGAUGAGUUCUUGAAAUUGGAGAACCUAUUUGAAACCUCAAGGGUUCACAUUGUGCUUCCCAAGGUUCCUAUUCAAGAAGAGGAGAUUCCCAAUAUGGUUCCAAUUGAGAGCAGUAAGACAAAUAAAGGUGAUGCAUCUGAUGGUCAAACGGAUGAAAAUUCUAGAAAAUGCAAGAAGGCUAAGAUGAUGAAGGUUGUAAGCAACAAGAUUGGUAAGAAGAAAGAAGAGAAAAAACGGGCUUCUCAGGAUUGCUCCCUAAUCACGGAAACUGUUUUUUCACCUAGAUUUAUGGAGAAUUCAAAACCAAGUAAAAUUAAAAAGGAUUCUGAAAAUGCAUUGGCAGGUGAGACCAUAAAAGACAAUCCUGUGGUCGAAAGUGUGGUAUUCACUGAGACUGUCAUUUCAAAUCUACAGAUGCAGUUUGAGAAAGUAGCUACCGAAGUUGGUGAUGGUGAAAUCAAUAAACCUAAAAUUCCUAUGAAAAUCAAAAGAAAGAGUGGAAAAACUGUCAAUAACAUAGAGUCAUGUAUCGUCCACUUACACAAUGUAGGAGAUUUUGCUGUUACUGCUGCAAAGAGUGAAGAGAAGAGGUCAAAGAAGGUUAGGUUUGCAAUGAAGAACAACUUGGUUUGGAAACCACACUGCCCAUUGCCUCCACAGAGUUUGAGAUUGCCACCCUCUUCUACCCCACGGGGCAGUGCCCUUAAGAAGGGUGUGCCCCCAGGCCCAGUAAGAGAGAUGCCCUCUGCAUCAAAGAAGAGGAAGCUGAAAAAGAAAGGCCGAAAGAUGCUAAGCACCAUCUCCCCUGCAAUGAAGAGACUGAAAAAACACAAAGCUUCUUCGCCAUAGUUGGGGAAUUUUGGGUUUGAGCAUUUUAUUGUAUUUGGCUAUCCAUUUGAAAGGUAAUUGUUUUUUCCUUGAUUUUUGCACUCUAGUUGAUGAAAGUAGUAAGAUUUUGAAUUUGAAUUUCCUUUGUUUGUUUCAUUUGAACUUCAUUUAUCUAUCUGAGUGAAACUAUUUUGAUAAUUCAUUUCUCAUAAAGCAGAAUGUGC